UCCUGAGUAACAUCAUUCGUAUUUUGGUCGAAUGGAAUCAGUUUUUUUACAAAAAGAAUUGUAUGUAGCCCACAUCUCUUUAAUAAUAGAGAUAUGAAAAUAAAAAAGAAGAAAACAUACAGUACUUCAUAUCCAUCUUUCCCGUCUAUCCUCAGUCUAUGCAUAAAAAAUGGAGUUCUUCAGCUUUCGGCUUUCUCUCUUUACUCAUUUCAUUCUGUUGAAUCUUACUCUUGCUCAUCUAUCCAAUCACGAAAACUUUCUCAGCUGUCUCUCUCGCGGGAUAAACGACUUCACCGUCGAACCUAGAGUCAUACACACCUCUGAAGACCCUUCUUUCUUCUCAAUCUUGAAUUCUUCCAUACAGAAUCCAAGAUUCUCGGUUCUCGAAGCACCUAAACCGAUCUCAAUCAUCACUCCGGUUCAAGCCACCGAUGUUCAAUCGACGAUUAAAUGCGCACGGCUUCACGAUAUCCACGUCAGGACACGGAGUGGUGGUCAUGACUACGAGGGAUUCUCGUACAUCGCCAGAACCGGACCGUUCGUUGUCAUUGAUAUGAGAAAUCUCCGGUCUAUUACACUAGAUGUUGAUAACCGGACCGGUUGGGUUCAAACCGGAGCUACAAUUGGUGAAUUGUACUACGAGAUUGGGAAAUUGAGCAAAUCACUAGCCUUCCCGGCCGGUCUUUACCCCACCGUCGGCGUAGGAGGGCAGUUCGGAGGUGGAGGGUACGGUACAUUGAUGAGAAGAUACGGUUUAUCUGCAGAUAAUGUAAUUGACGCGCAUAUAGUCGACUCGAGUGGAAGGUUUCUUGACCGACAAGGCAUGGGUGAGGAUUUGUUUUGGGCUAUACGUGGAGGUGGAGGGUCGAGUUUCUGCGUUGUCUUAGCAUGGAAGAUUAGAUUGGUCGAUGUUCCGACAGUAGUAACUGUCUUUGACGUCACGAAAACAUCUGAGAAGGAGGCUGUCCGAACCAUCAACAAUUGGCAGUAUAUCGCGGAUAAGGUUCCUGAUAAUCUUUUCAUUAGAGCUAUGCUGCAGAGAUCUAACGACACAGCAGUUUACGCUUCGUUCCCUGGACUUUAUCUUGGUCCGGUAAGCGAUUUAUUAACGUUAAUAGAAGAGAAGUUUCCGGAACUAGGUCUUAAGAUAGGAGAUUGUAGAGAGAUGAGUUGGAUUGAGUCAGUUCUCUGGUUUAUUAAAGGAGAAUCAAUGAAUACUCUUACGGAGCGUAAGCGUACGUCGAGAUCUUUCAAGGGCAAAGACGAUUUUAUUCAAAAACCGAUACCAAAAACUGCUAUUCGUGAGCUUUGGAAGCGAGCCUACGCGCCAGAGGCUAGGCUAGCAAAGAUCAUACUCACUCCAUUUGGUGGGAGAAUGAGUGAGAUUGCGGAAAAUGAAAUACCAUUCCCACAUAGAGGAGGGAACCUCUAUGAGAUUCAGUAUUUGGCUUAUUGGAAAGAAGAAGAAGACAAGAACAAGAAUGAUACAGAGAUAUAUAUGAGAUGGGUCGAGAGUUUAUACGAUUUUAUGACUCCUUAUGUUUCAAAAUCACCAAGAGGAGCUUAUGUUAAUUUUAGAGAUGUUGAUUUGGGGAUGUAUAACGUUGGGAUGAAUAUGAAGACCAAGUACGAAGAGGGAAAGAUUUGGGGAGUGAAGUAUUUCAAGAACAAUUUCGAUAGAUUGGUGGCGGUGAAAACGAGUGUUGACCCAAUGGAUUUCUUCUGUGAUGAGCAGAGUAUUCCAGUUCUCAAAUCUGUUGAUGUUAUGUAAAAGUUUUUCAGAUUUAUUUCCUUGGAGAGUUUUGUGUGCGUUUCUUUUUGAGCUCUUCUUUUGGUUGGUAACUUAAAUAAAACUAAUCGGAUCAAAACCAAA